AUGUUUCGAACUCUAAGAAACGCGGAGAAUGAGCGUCGUUUGAUCAUAAUUAUAUAUGUUACUUUACACAGAAUUACAGCAAACCAAGGUUUCUAUUUGCUUGGUUUAGAGAACACAACUCCAACUUUUGCAUCAGCAAUACAAAAUUUUGUCCCUGCCAUAACAUUUCUCAUGGCUGUCAUAUUAAGGAUAGAGCAAGUGAGAUUGAAUAGAAAAGAUGGAUUAGCUAAAGUUGCAGGAACAAUAUUCUGUGUAAUUGGUGCAACAGUGAUUACAUUAUACAAAGGUCCAACAAUAUAUACUCCAAGUAAUCACCUAAAUAGUACUGCAACAUUGAUAACAGAAGUAACAACAACACCGAUGGUUGAUUUUGGAACAUGGUUUUUGGGUGAUGCCAAGGGGAAAAACUGGACACUUGGUUGUGUUUAUCUUAUUGGACAUUGUUUGUCUUGGUCUGCUUGGCUUGUGUUUCAAGCGCCUAUUCUUAAGAAGUAUCCUGCUCGUCUUUCUGUCACUUCUUAUACGUGUUUCUUUGGUCUCUUGCAAUUUCUUGUUAUUGCUUUGGUUUGUGAAAGAAAUUCUCAAGCUUGGCUAUUUCACUCGGGUGGUGAAGCUUUCACUAUUCUAUACGCCGGAGUGGUGGCAUCUGGAAUUGCUUUUGCAGUACAAAUAUGGUGUAUUGAUAGAGGAGGUCCAGUGUUUGUUGCUGUUUAUCAACCUGUUCAAACUUUUGUUGUUGCUAUUAUGGCUUCUAUUGCUUUAGGAGAAGAGUUCUACUUGGGAGGAGAUGAGAAAGACAGUUCAGCUGAUGAAGAUAGUUUCUUGUGGCAGAGCUUUGACUAUCCUACUGAUACAUUAUUACCAGAAAUGAAGAAUGGAUGGGACAAGAAAACCGGUAUUUUUAGAAUAUUUACUGCAUGGAAAAACUGGGACGAUCCAUCUUCAGGUGACUUUACUGUAUCCAUGAGACUUACGAACAAUCCUGAAACGGCUAUUUGGAAGGGCUCGACUGAGUUCUAUAGAUCAGGGCCUCUGACUGGUGGUACGUCUAGUGGAGCUUAUAAGAUGAAGAUAAUGGAAGAAGAUAAUGGAAGAAGAAGAAACUUACCAAGAUGGAGAAGACGGAAUGAACGGCGGCGACGACUGAAGAAGACGGAACGAACGGCGGCGGCGACGAAGACGGCAGAAUGA